AUGGAAAUAAAAGUAGGUGGAAAGUUUAGAAUAGGAAAAAAAAUAGGAAGUGGAUCAUUCGGUGAAAUAUACCAUGGAACAAAUAUACAAACAAACGAAGAAAUAGCCAUAAAAUUAGAAUCAAUAAAAUCAAAAUUUCCUUAAUUAGAAUAUGAGAGUAAAAUAUAUAAAAUACUACAAGGAGGAGUUGGAAUACCAAAUAUUAAUUGGUUUGGAAAAGAUGGAGAUUAUAAUGUAAUGGUUAUAGAUUUAUUAGGCCCUUCUUUAGAUGAUUUAUUUAAUUAUUGUGGGAAAAAAUUUAGCUUAAAAACUACUUUACUAGUUGCUGAAUAAAUGAUAUCAAGAAUUGAAUAUUUUCAUGCCAAAAAUUUCAUACAUAGAGAUAUUAAACCUGAUAAUUUUUUAAUUGGAGUUAAUAAAAAAGCAGAUACAGUAUAUAUUAUUGAUUAUGGAUUAUCUAAAAAAUAUAGGGAUAUGAAAACUGGAUAACAUAUAGAGUAUAAAGAAGGUAAACCUUUAACUGGAACUGUAAGGUAUUCUUCUAUUAAUACGCAUACUGGGAUUGAAUAAAGCAGAAGAGAUGAUUUGGAAUCAAUAGGACAUGUGCUUAUGUAUUUUUUAAAAGGAAGUUUACCAUGGUAAGGAGUUAGAGCACAAACAAAGAAAGAAAAAUAUGAUAAAAUUGGAGAAAUCAAAAUAUAAACUUCGGCCGAAGAACUUUGUUAAGGAUUUCCAGAUGAAUUUUGCAACUAUUUGAAGUAUUGUAGAAAUCUUAAGUUCGAAGAAAGGCCAGAUUAUAAUUGGAUUAAAGGACUUUUUCGAAAUUUAUUGUUUAAAUUGGAAUGUAAGUUAGAUAAUAUAUUUGAUUGGACAAAAUUGAGUUAA